CUCUCCCUCACCCUCUUGCUCCCCCUUUCCUCCUACUCGCCUUCUCCGUGCUCCACCGUGUUAACCCCACUCUGCGUUCUCCUCCUCUCCUCGCUUGACGUAUAGGUGCCCGAAUACAAAUCUCAACCCCUCAUUCUAUUGUCUCGCAUCGUCACCCGCGCUCAACCCCAUAUUCCCACCACUUUCGAUACACCCGGUUGCCUCAUUAUCUAGCGUAUCAGCAAUCUCCCACCAACGCCCGGCCAUAGUACCCCAUCCGACCCUUCUAUCUGACAACCCCCACCACCACCACCACCACCACCAUCCUUUAUCCUGCGCUGCACACGUCGCUAGAUAAAUAACCCCCACCUCGGCUCCAUCAAUCUUUCCAACCAUCCUCCCCGCCUCACCUCCACAGAUCAAACACGGAACAGCAGUUUCACGUCGGUUAUCUAGAGAUCCGCCGCCAUGAGUUCUCCAAAGAGAAGGAUAGAGACGGAUGUGAGUUCUUUUAGCACUCUACACUUUACGUCACCAGAGGUACUGACCGUUUGUUUCCCGGUACGGUAGGUCAUGAGGUACGAUUUACCACCCCUACGCCAUUCAAAGGGCUCUAAGAGAGCUCGACUCUCCCUCGGUGAUGUUCUAAUAAUAGUUUGCUGACAUUAUUGCUUUCGCAGAUUGUAAGUAACCUGAAGGCCACUUCGAAUCAGCCCUCCCUCCACUCUUUACAAGUAACCCUCUAACACUGGGCUCAACAUGAAGGUUGAUGAGCGACUAUGAAGUCACUCUCGUCAACGAUAACAGUAUGUAGCCAUCAAGGCCCUUGCCCGAUCCUGCAUCCUUUCGCUGACAUGCAUACAGUGUAACAUGCCCCCCGCGCUCAUUUCAGGCCUUAAUUUUCUUUGCUCACGUGAUUUAGGCAGGAAUUCUACGUUCGGUUCAAGGGCCCUGAAGAAAGUACGUUCUCUGAAGAAGCCUAUCCAGUGAGAAAGUUGCAGGUUGGGUUUCACGAGUUGGCUCUCGCCACUGUUGUUGAGAUGGCCAAAGGCGCGGUCACUUCGGUGCACCACCAACUUCGUCCCAGCCCCCAUUGCGAUCAAUUAUCUACGGGAUAGAGAGUUAACACCCAUUUUUCUUAGCGCCUUUUACCGGAGGCAUCUGGAAGGUCCACGUUGAGCUCCCUGAUCAGUAUCCGUACAAGUCUCCCUCGAUUGGAUUUGUAAAUCGCAUCUUCCACCCCAAUAUCGACGAGCUGUAAGCACAUCUCUCACGGGCUCUCCCCCUGGUUGACAACCGGCUAAAUUCGCAUAGGAGCGGAAGUGUGUGCUUGGACGUCAUUAACCAGACAUGGUCCCCGAUGUUCGACAUGAUCAAUAUCUUUGAGGUGUUCCUCCCGCAGCUUUUGCGCUAUCCUAACCCGACAGAUCCCCUGAACGGUGAAGCAGCCGCGCUCUUGAUGAGAGAGCCAAAGCAGUACGAGAUAAAGGUCAAGGGUAUGUUCUGCUGUUUGCACCAUAUAAAGACACGCGCCCUUUUGCUUUAUCCGGGCACAUCGAGCUAAUUUCGGCACAGAAUACGUCGCCAAGUAUGCCACAAAAGAGGGCGCAGACGCCGCUACAGACGACAGCGAAAGCGAUGACGAGAUGAGUUCUGUGGGUAGCUUCGACUCUACCGAUGAAGAGCCCGCAGGAACUAUGGAAGUUUAGCUAUUUUUGGUCAUCUAUCGCGGCGUUUUGUGACUACUCAAUUCCACUCUCUUUAGGUUUCUGGCUCCGGAGUUUUCUCUUUUUUUCUUCUUUUUUUCUCUUUUUCCCUUUUUCCUUCUUUCCUUCCUUUUCUUUUCCUCCCUCCUCGCUCUGAUCCCCGGGUCUCUAGCGUCCGAGUAGGCCAGAUUGUUCCCAUGAAUUAAGAGGCGGCAAUGGGAAUGGUAGGAAAAUAACAAGGCCUUGAUGCAAUUGGUCGCCGUGGUAUUUUGUGUCCGAUUUAGUUUUGCUUACCCGCUUGCUUAGUUGAUGUACUGUACUGUACUACCAUACCGUAUCCCAGUGCGGUAAUUUGAUCUCCCCCC